AUGGAAGCCACAAUAGUACCCCAUCCGAAAGAUACCAAUGCAACCAUAUUACUUAUGGGGUUGCGAAGAAGUGGUAAAUCGUCAAUAUGCAAAGUCGUAUUUCACAACAUGCAACCACUAGAUACACUUUACCUUGAGAGUACAUCCAAGCCCACAAAUGAACAGUUUUCUUCAUUGAUUGAUUUAUCAGUGAUGGAGCUUCCGGGACAAUUGAACUACUUCGAACCAAAUUACGACUCGGAAAGACUCUUUUCCUCAGUUGGGGCUUUGGUAUACGUUAUCGACUCUCAAGAUGAGUAUUUGAAUGCAUUGACAAACUUGUCUAUGAUUAUUGAUUUUGCAUAUAGAGUGAAUCCAAAGAUAAACAUAGAAGUAUUGAUACAUAAAGUUGACGGGUUGAGUGAGGAUUACAGAAUGGAUGCACAACAAGAUAUCAUGCAAAGAACCGGGGAUGAAUUACUAGACUUGGGCUUGGAGGGAGUCCUGGUGAGUUUUUACUUGACAUCAAUUUUUGAUCAUUCGGUAUAUGAAGCAUUUUCGAGAAUUGUGCAACGUUUGAUACCAGAAUUGCCCUCGUUGGAGCACAUGUUGGAUAACCUUGUUCAACAUUCAAGUAUUGAUAAAGUGUUCCUCUUUGACGUCAAUUCGAAAAUAUAUGUAGCUACUGACUCGCUGCCGGUUGAUAUACAAACUUACGAAGUUUGUGCUGAAUUUAUUGAUAUAACUAUUGAUUUGGAUGAUUUGUAUAUUGAAAACGAUGAAAAUGUCAACAAAAACGGUGGUGUCAAAGGACCUGAUGGGAACAAAGAGUUGAGAUCGGUAAGUCAUUUGUCAAAUGGGUCUACAUUGUACUUGAAGCAAAUGAUUAGAGGUUUGGCUUUGGUGGCAUUGAUACGAAAUGAGAGUUUUGCCGACACACCAGCUGACUCGGAGAAAUCAUUGACAAUUAUAGAGUACAAUGUUGAUUUGUUUAAACAAGCAUUGAUAAAAAUGUGGACACCAAAACGAUAA